UUAUCUUGUUGACACCAACUUAAGGUCAAACGACGUUUAUAAAAUGACGCGAAACAUGGAAUCGCUUAUUCAGUUGAAAACUGCGCGAUCGCGAUGAAGGACGAACUCAAGUACCUAACCGGUUUUGGCUCCGAAUUUUCCACCGAGGACGAACGCUGUCCAAACGCUCUGCCAGUUGGCCAGAAUAAUCCACAAAAAUGCCCUUAUGGCCUUUACGCCGAACAACUAUCUGGCACUGCUUUUACCGCACCGAGACUAGAGAAUAAAAGAAGCUGGCUGUACCGCAUCAGACCAUCAGCACUUCACGAACCGUUUGUUCCUGCAAAUGAAGCCACAUAUCUAACACACAACUGGGAUGAAAUUCCACCGAACCCGAACCAGAUGCGGUGGAAGCCCUUUGACGUACCGACUCGACAAGACUCUGCAGUUGACUUCGUUCAAGGUCUCCACACGGUCUGUGGUGCCGGGGACGCUCGAGUCCGUUCUGGUAUCGCCAUCCACGUUUAUCUUUGCAACGCGUCGAUGCGUGACAAAGCCCUCUACAACGCCGAUGGCGACUUCUUGAUCGUGCCCCAACUCGGCGCUUUGCAAAUCACAACCGAAUUCGGCAAGAUGAGGGUAGAGCCGAACGAGAUAUGCGUCAUACAGCAGGGCAUGCGUUUCUCGAUUACUGUGCUCGGUCCAUCGCGGGGCUACAUCCUCGAGGUCUUCGACAAUCACUUUCAGCUACCGAACCUCGGACCGAUUGGUGCCAACGGACUUGCCAACCCCCGUGACUUCAUGACACCGGUGGCGUGGUUUGAAGAACGCGAAGCACCGUUCACGAUAAUCUGCAAAUAUCAGGGUAAACUGUUCGCCGCAUCUCAAGGUCACAGUCCCUUCGACGUUGUUGCCUGGCACGGAAAUUACGUACCCUACAAGUACGAUCUGGAUCGGUUCAUGGUCGUGAACUCUGUGUCCUUCGAUCACUGUGAUCCGUCGAUUUUCACUGUCCUCACUUGCCCGUCCAACAAGCCUGGUACCGCCGUUGCGGACUUUGUGAUAUUUCCACCAAGAUGGUCGGUUCAAGAACACACGUUCAGACCUCCGUAUUACCAUCGAAAUUGUAUGAGCGAGUUUAUGGGCUUGAUAAAGGGUCGUUACGAAGCCAAGGAAGAGGGAUUUCAAGCCGGAGGUGCCUCUCUGCAUUCGAUGAUGACGCCACACGGACCGGAUGCCGCAUGCUUCGAAGGUGCAUCCAACGCAGAAUUGCGAGCUGAACGAAUUGCCGAUGGGACCCAAGCCUUCAUGUUCGAAUCCUCAUUUAGUCUUGCUGUAACGAAAUGGGGUGAACACACCUGCCAGCGUCUUGACGCCGAAUACUACCGCUGUUGGCAAGGUCUGAAGAAAAAUUUCGAUCUUCAGGCUAUUGGGGAAAAUUUACCUAGCGUGAAUUAGUUUCAGACAUCACGCAAAACUCUGUUAUAUUAUAAGUACAUUGGUAUGCAUAGAAACAUUAUAUUAUACUAAAUAUGUUUUUGACUCUA